UAAAACCAACCGUUGGCGCACCCAUCGAUUAAGUAAAUACAAUCAUAUCAGACAUCCAUCCACCACCCAACAACCCCAACACAUACUUACACUCACACUCUUCUUCACUCUACUUCCCCUCACCAUUCUCUCUCUCUGUCUAUCUCAGAUCUUCCCACCAUUACACAUCAAAACGAUGCGUUUCCUAAUCUCUCUCCUCCUCCUCCUCCUCCUCCACUCCCUACCCUACUCCGCCGCCGCACGGAAACACAACCCAACCAACUCAUCCCAUCUCGUCCGUUCGUCAUGUAGCCACGCCAGCUACCCCAACCUCUGCAUCCACUCUCUCUCCACCUACACGGGCCCAGCAAACACCCCUCGCGACCUGGCCCAGGCCGCCGUCACCGUCAGCCUCUCUCGAGCCCACCGCGUCUCCAGCUACCUCGCCCAACUCUCCCACUCCGACCAGGGAACCAAACGAGAGCGUUCCGCGCUCAGCGCCUGCAUCGACCUCAUGUCCGAGUCCUUAGACGAAUUAACCCGGACGCUCGACGAGUUGAAGCACCUCCACCCCGAAACGUUUCGGUUUCAGAUGAGCAACGCCAAGACUUGGGUCAGCGCGGCCCUCACAGAUGACGACACGUGUCUUGAUGGGUUUGCGGAGCUUGAUGUGAAGGUGAAGGCGGAUAUGAAGCGCAAGAUUACGAAUGCGGCUAGGGUUACUAGCAAUGCGCUGUACCUGAUCAACCGCCUUGAUGAAAGCCGUGGUCGACCCAGAUCUAAACAUUGAUGAUUAUGAUGAUGGCGAUGGACGGCCGUGAUUCUGUUUCACUGGGUGUAUCGGAUCAGUUCACGCCGCGGGCGUUAUCUAAUAUCUAUAGCGUGUCUAGUUCGUUCGUACUUUUUUUGUUUUGUUUUUAAUUUAUAAAAAGUUGUACGUACUGCAUAUAUAUCUCUUCCUCAGACUCGUAGUGUAUCAUGUCAUGUUUUCUCUAAAAUUGAAAGGCUACCAAAUUGAAGUGUUGA